AUUAUUCCAUUAAUCAAGUCGAAGAUCUCCACUUCAAUAUCUUCUACGAAUGAAUGGAAUUUACCGGCGGCUUCUUGGGAAAGCAGAAACGUCAUUGACAACAAAGCAAUUGGAAGCCCUGACACAUGUAGAUGUUGCGCGGGCACAUCAGGUACAGAUGUUCCUUGGAUUCAAAUUGACCUAGGAAUGACUUAUACCAUCACGAAGAUCCAGAUAACUGGACGUCCAGAUAACACUGAACCUAAACAAUUUCAAGACAUAUACGUUUUUGUUAGCAACACUUCAGUGGAUAUAUCUUCUAAUGGAAGUUUAAUAUACAAAGGGAAUCCCACAAGUUCUAACAGGUUUGAACUACGUCAACAUCUACCUUCAUCGUUUCGUUAUUUGAUAAUCAGACGCUUUACUACAGGACUUCUUACAAUAUGUGAAGUAGAACUGUUUACAGUAGUACCUAAAUGCGACGUAGGACGUUUUGGAAAGGCUUGCUCUCAUAAAUGCCAUUGUGCUGACAAAAACACCUGUAAUGUUUGGACAGGAAAGUGCAAGACACCCGGAUGUUUACUAGGGUGGACAGGCCAAGCAUGCAAUAAAGAAUGUGCAUUUAGAAGAUUUGGCAUUAAUUGUAGUACAGAAUGUCAUUGUGCUAAUAACUCGACUUGCAACAAAGUCAGUGGAAUGUGCACAACAGGAUUAUGCGAACCGGGGUGGUAUGGACAAACUUGUAGUCAAGGAUGUCCAUUCAGAAGAUUUAGCGAAAAUUGUAGUACAGAAUGUAAUUGUUUUAAUAAUUCGACUUGCGACAAAAUCAAUGGAAUAUGCUCAACAGGAUUAUGCAAUCCGGGGUGGAAAGGACAAUCUUGUAGUCAAGUGUGUGAUAGUGGUACCUAUGGCAAUCAAUGUAGCAGCAGUUGUGGACACUGUGUAGAUGGUACGACCUGUAAUAACGUGAAUGGAACCUGCUUUGGCGGCUGUAUUGAUGGGUAUUUCUAUAACGCAACAGACAGACUUUGCAAAACUCCAUGCGAUGGAAUUCAUUUUGGGAAAGGCUGUAGCAAGACAUGUCACUGUACAUAUGGUAAACCGUGUAAAAAUGGUAAUGGUGAGUGUCCGAAUGGAGAAUGUGCAGCAGGAUGGACUUCACGAGCAUGCGACACAAUGUGCACAAAUGGAAGUUAUGGCUAUGAGUGCAAAAACGCGUGUGGGAAAUGUGCACACGGUCUUCCAUGCAACAACGUUAAUGGUACUUGUUCUGGAGGGUGUUUAGAUGGAUACAUUUUAACAGAUGUCUUAUGCAAAACAACAUGUCAAAGCGGAUUUUACGGACACAAUUGUUCAAAGCCGUGUGGACACUGUAACAAGGACUUGGCAUGCAACAUUUCCAGCGGAUUUUGUUUUCACGGAUGUAGUGCUGGCUUCAAUGGUCAUUUGUGUGAAACAAAUUGCAGAAACAGCACAUUUGGACCAAAUUGUGCCAAUCCGUGUCACUGCUCAGGCAAUUCACAUUGUGAUAUUUUUCAAGGAAACUGUUCAAAUGAUUGUGACAUCGGUUGGGCUGGUUUCAAUUGUAGUAUAGAUUUUUCCGCACAAAGUCAAAGCAUAACUGGCUACAUUAACAAUAUUUCAAUGGAACUAAACCAGACAGGUACGAAGUUACGGAUCAACUCUUCUACUGGACAUGUAUUUCAUAUGGAACUAAUGAAGCCUCGAUUAUUUCAAUAUUUAAAAAUUACAAAACAGGACACUGUUUUAACACUAUGCGAAGUCAAACUAUACGAAGCAGAAUGCCCAGUUGGAACAUUUGGAGAUAAAUGCUGUAAUCCGUGUAAAUGUGCUGACAAGCUGAAUUGCGGCAAAGUCAAAGGAACAUGUAUAAGUAAAGGAUGUUUACCUGGCUGGGAAGGAGCAUCUUGUAAUAAAUCAUGUGGUCAUCAACAUUUUGGACCAGACUGUGAAUACCAGUGUCAUUGUUUUUCUAAUGGAUCAUGUGCAAAAGAUUCGGGAAUAUGCAAAAACUCCCGUUGUGAUCCGGGAUGGGAACUUUUAAAUUGUAGUAAAGCAUGCAGCUUUCCACAUUUCGGAGAUAACUGUAGAGACACUUGCCAUUGUUUAAACAAUUCUGAAUGUGAUCACCGUGAUGGAAAAUGUGAGAUUAAAUUAUGUGAAGCUGGCUGGCAAGGAAAGAGUUGUAAUAACGUUUGUGACCACCGACGAUUUGGUAUUAACUGUUCAUCUGUAUGUAACUGUCGUGAUAAUACAAGUUGUAAUGCUAUAACUGGACACUGUAAGACUGGUUUAUGCGACCCAGGCUGGCUUGGCCUCAGCUGUGACAAAGGCGGAAAUCUGAUGGAGAUGAUAAAGUAUCAGGUUAGAACAAACAUGUCUUCAGAAGCCCAAAGCACUAACUCUUCAUUUGCUGUUGAUGGACAACUAGGCCCUGAUCCGGAUAAAUGUCAAUGUUGUAGUAUAACUUAUAAUUCACCGUUAUCUUGGUGGCUGUUAGAUCUAGGGAAACGAUAUCCGCUGAAAAGUAUAAUAAUUUAUGGAAGGAACAAAGAGGAUUCGUAUCAACAACUAACAGGCUUCAAGCUUCUUCUAUUAAAUAACACCGUCGAUGAUAAACCUGAUAUAUUCUUGUCUAAUGACUUCCUUCAUACGUUCGGAGAAAAUAGUUAUGAGCACACGUUAAAUAAUGCUUUAGCAAGAUAUAUAAAGAUAGAAAGACCGGGCGUUUUAACUCUUUGUGAAGUUAUUGUUAUUGAAGGAAAUUGCAAAGAUGGGACAUUUGGAGAGGAAUGUGUGCAAGACUGUCACUGUGCUGAUAAUAAGCCCUGCCAGACAAUACAUGGUUACUGUCAAUCACCAAUUUGUAAACUUGGUUGGAUGGGCAAGUCAUGUAAUGAAAGCUGUACUAAGAACACGUUCGGUGAAGAAUGCAAGCAAGUGUGUUAUUGCGAAGAGGGCACUUGUACCAGCGACUAUGGUAUUUGUCCUAGUAAAUGCAGAUAUGGAUAUCGUGGUGUACAUUGUAACAUAGAGGGUAUAGAAGCAGCUAAGGAAGCGGAUCAUUCAACUGCUGCAGUUAUUGGAGGCUCAGUU